UCAUCCCAAUGUAUAAUCAAAGAACAUCUUCUGAUCCCUAUUUUUCAAAAAGGGGCUUCCUCAGACAAUCUUGAUUCUUGACCUUGAAAUUUACCUUAAUGGUUCCUUUUUAUCUCUGUGUGCAACUGCAAAGCACAUUUUAGUUCCCUAAACCUGCAAAGAGUUCUCACCACACCAACAAUGUCAACAAGCCAGACUACCAAAGAUCUUCAAUGGUUUCUUCAGGCAACGAAAUCCGAGACCCUCAAUCUGCACAGCAUCUCCUUCUACCUCUCUCAACCAACUUCAGCUUGUUUCCAAGAAACAGAAAACUCCAUCAACAUAAACAUUUCAAACGAUGGGCUUUCCCAAUUCUCUCACCUCUUGACAGUUUUAGGAACAUCCAAGACGACUAACUUGUCGCUGCGAAACUUGGAGUUUCACCAAGUUAAUUGGGAGUUGCAGCAAAUACACAAUCUCGGGGCAUUACUGGAGAAUAACACAGGCAUCAAGCAAAUCGUGUUUAGACGAAACAGGUUUAACACGGAGUGCUUAUAUGAGUUAUCAGAAAUAGUGAAGAGAAAUGGUGUAGUUAAAGAAAUCAUGUUUUCAGAAUCGGGAAUUGGGUCAGUUGGAGCUAGCCUCCUUGCUUCAGCUCUAAAGGUGAACAAUAGUUUGGAAGAGUUGCAAAUAUGGGAAGACUCUAUUCGGUCUAAAGGAGCAGAGGAGCUCUCAAAGAUGAUAGAAGUGAAUCCUACACUGAAGCUGUUGACAAUUUUCGAUUCAAGUUCGAUAACAGCAACCCCACUAAUAUCUGCUGUUUUAGCAAGGAAUAGAGCCAUGGAAGUUCAUGUAUGGAGCGGAGAACAAGGAGAAAAAAGUUCCAAAGUGGUUGAGUUCGUACCUGAAAACAGCACACUGAGGAUUUACAAGCUUGAUGUGGCAGGGUCUUGCCGGGUUGCUUGUGCCCUCGGGUGGAACUCAACGGUUAAGUCACUGGACUUGACUGGGGUCCGCCUGAAAUCUCGGUGGGCCAAGGAGUUCCGAUGGGUUUUGGAGCAGAACCGGAGUCUGAAAGAGGUAAAUCUGUCAAAAACCUGUUUAAAAGACAAGGGAGUUGUUUAUGUUGCAGCUGGACUUUUCAAGAAUCAGAGCUUGCAAAGUUUAUAUCUUGAUGGAAACUGGUUUGGUGGUAUUGGCGUGGAACAUUUACUCUGCCCCUUGAGCAGAUUCUCCACUUUGCAAUGUCAAGCAAAUACAACAAUAAAGGCAGUAACUUUUGGAGGUGGGAAAACAAAGAUGGGAAGGGGAGGUCUUGCAGCUGUUUUACAGAUGCUGACGACCAAUCAAACCGUGACAAGGAUGGGGGUAUACGAUGAUGAAGGUUUAAGGCCAGAAGAUUUUGUUAAAAUCUUCAAGAGCUUGGAGAGGAAUGCCAGUUUAAGGCGCUUGUCUUUUCAAGGCUGCAAAGGAGUGAAUGGGGAUUUGGUGCUACAAGUAAUAAUGGAGACGUUGCAAGUGAAUCCCUGGAUCGAAGAACUUGAUCUCGCAAGAACGCCGCUGCAGAAUUCUGGGAAGACAGAAGGGAUUUACCAGAAACUGGGUCAGAAUGGGAGGACAGAAACAGAAGCAGAAACAGAUUUGCUCAAGGACAUGCCAAUGGUGGUGCCCAAAAGUUGCCGAGUAUUCUUCUGCGGCCAAGAAAAUGCUGGUAAAACUACAUUAUGCAAUUCCGUAUCUCAGAACUUCUCUUCUUCAAAGCUACCCUACAUGGAUCAAGCAGUUAGAACUAUAGUGAAGCCAGUUGAGCAAGCAGUUAGAACGGUUGGAAUGACGAUAAAAACUUUCAAAGACGAAGACACAAAGAUUUCCAUAUGGAACCUUGGUGGUCAGCAUGAGUUCUACUCCCUCCAUGAUCUCAUGUUCCCAGGGCAUGGCAGUGCCUCGUUUUUCCUCAUCAUAUCCAGUCUGUUUAGAAAACCCAACAACAGAGAACCCAAAACCCCAAAUGAGAUCGAAGAAGACCUCCAAUAUUGGCUAAGGUACAUAGUUUCCAAUUCAAGAAAAGCAGUCCAACAGUGCAUGCUACCAAAUGUAACCAUAGUGCUCACUCACUACGACAAAGUCAAUCAACAGUCACAGAAUUUUCAGGAGACCGUAAAUUCAAUUCAGAGAUUAAGAGAUAAAUUCCACGGCUUUGUCGAAUUCUACCCGACAGUGUUUACAGUUGAUGCUAGAUCAUCAGCAUCUGUGAGUAAACUCACUCAUCACCUUCGCAAAACAAGUAAAACAGUGCUCCAAAGAGUCCCUAGAGUUUAUGAGAUUUGCAAUGAUCUGAUACAGAUUCUAUCAGAUUGGAGGUCAGAGAAUUCUAACAAGCCAGCAAUGAGGUGGAAUGAGUUCGCUGAUCUAUGCCAGGUUAGAGUUCCAUCCUUAAGAAUUCGCUCAAGACACGAUAACAAGGGUAGGGUGGAGAUGAGGAGGCGGGCUACAGCUAAUUGCCUUCAUCAUAUAGGGGAGGUGAUAUAUUUUGAUGAACUGGGGUUUCUUAUCCUGGAUUGCGAGUGGUUCUGUGGUGAAGUGCUUGGUCAACUGAUAAGACUAGACGUUAGAAAGCAAAACUCGACGGAGAAUAAUGGGUUUAUAAGCAGGAAAGAAUUGGAGAGGAUUCUUAAAGGAAGUUUGCAGAGCCAGAUUCCAGGGAUGAGUUCAAAGGUUUUUGAGAAUUUAGAUACGAGUGAUCUUGUGAGAAUGAUGCUGAAACUGGAACUUUGUUAUGAACAAGAUCCAACGGAUGCAAAUUCAUUGCUACUAAUCCCCUCCAUUUUGGAAGAAGGCCGGGGGAGGCCACAGAGAUGGCUGUUAAGCACACCGGACUGUGUCUAUGCAGGGCGACAUCUGGAAUGUGAUGAUUCCAGCCAUAUGUUCCUCACACCAGGCUUCUUUCCCCGCUUACAGGUGCAUCUCCACAAUAGAAUCAUGGGAGUAAGGAAUCAACAUGGGGCAACUUACAGUCUUGAGAAGUACCUUAUCUCAAUUAACAUCAAUGGCAUCCACGUCAGAGUAGAGCUUGGAGGGCAAUUGGGCUACUAUAUCAACGUCCUUGCGUGCUCCACUCAUAAUUUGACAGAAACCUUAAGACUCUUUCAGCAGCUCAUAAUACCCACAAUACAGUCUCUCUGCCACGGUGUCACCUUAACUGAACACAUUCUGCGACCCGAAUGCGUUAGAAAUCUAACACCCCCAAGAUACAGAAAAACCCAAUUUGUCCCUGUGCAAAGCCUAAAAGAGGCACUACUCUCAGUUCCAGCAGACGGCAUGUAUGAUUAUCAGCACACAUGGAGUCCAGUCUCAGACUCCGGCAAACCUAUCUUAGGCGGUGGAUUUGAUUUUGCCAGAGACCUACUAUCCGAUGAUGAUUUUAGGGAAGUGCUACAUCGAAGAUAUCAUGACCUAUACAACCUUGCUUUGGAAUUGCAUGUCCCUCCGGAAAAUAAUCCAGAUGAACCAGAUCAUGCACAAUCUACCAGUGAAGAAAAAGUUGAGCCGACAUUUGGAGGAAUUGCCAAAGGGGUCGAAGCAGUUUUGCAGAGACUGAAGAUCAUUGAGCAAGAAAUCAGAGAUUUGAAGCAGGAGAUUCAAGGGCUGAGAUAUUAUGAACACAGACUUCUUAUUGAGCUUCAUCACAAAGUGAACUACCUUGUCAAUUACAAUGUUCAACUGGAAGAAAGAAAAGUCCCCAACAUGUUCUAUUUUGUCAAAACGGAGAACUACUCGAGGAGAUUGGUUACCAUUAUGAUUUCAGGAAUGAAUGCAGUCCGGUUACACAUGUUGUGUGAAUUCAGGCAAGAGAUGCAUGUGGUUGAAGAUCAGUUAGGUUGCGAGAUGAUGCAAGUUGACAACAUGGCAGUGAAGUGUUUGGCUCCGUAUAUGAAGAAGUUCAUGACACUAUUAACAUUUGCUCUAAAGAUAGGAGCUCAUUUAGCAACUGGAAUGGGACAGAUGAUACCGGAUUUGAGCAGGGAAGUUGCACAUCUUGCAGACUCUUCACUACUGUAUGGGGCAGCAGGUGCAGUUGGAGCUGGGGCUAUGGGGGCCGCAGCCGCUGGAAGCAGAAACAGAAGCAGGGACUCGAGGGAUAUUCAGCAAGAUCAAAGAACAGCACAACAAUGGGUCAUUGAUUUCCUAAGGGACCGGAGGUGUUCAAGUGGAAGAGAUAUUGCAGAGAAGUUUGGAUUGUGGAGAGUGAGGUACAGGGACAGCGGCCAGAUUGCCUGGAUUUGUAGGAGGCACAUGCACACAAGAGCAAAUGAAGUUAUCGAAGUACCAAUCUGAAGUUUUAUUAGUAGUUUAUACGGAGAGAAAUGAUUGUCUUUUGUUUUUUUCUCUUGUUUGUUUUUUCUUUGUUAGGAAUGCCUCGAUGAAACUAUGGUUCACCAACCUCGUACUCUUUCUUUUUCUUGGCUGGUAGUAUUAGUGUAUUACCGUAGUCACCAAUGAUUUUCAGUUUCA